AUGAUACGCUUUGAUUAAUAGUUGGUUGCUCAUUAUAUUAAUUAUAUUGUAAGCAAAAAAAAAGGUAAAUUCAAUAUUUAAUAAAAAAAAUAAUCUUUUAAUAAAGCAAAAAUCACUUAAUUCAUUUAGUUUUUAUAGCGAAUGUCAAAUUAAAGAAAAGCAUUAAAAGGAACAGUUUAAUAUUAAGGAGGAAUAUAAUAGGAGGACCAAUGGAAUUAGCUAAGAAAUUUAAAAAUAAGAACAUUUUACAAUCCUAGUAGAGACCACCUAUUAUAAAGAAGCUCAAAAGUCUUUUAUUUUGUUAAUUACUUUGAGAAACAGCUCACGCGACCCAAAUUCUACUAUCACUUUUUAAUCAUUAUUUUUUUCUUGCAGCUGAUUGGAUCUGUUUCUUCUAGCCAAGUUCAAAUUCAAGAUAAACUUUUGUACUAUUUUUUAAAGACUUGUGAGUACACUCGAGUGUCUCCGCUUUUAAAAGAUUUUUUGCAAAUUCAGCAAGAAGCACAAGGCAUUUUAAUAAAUUCAUUGAUAAUUUUUCUAGAAGUAGUCUUUCUUAUCACCUUUUAUAUUUUAGGAAGAUCAACUACAAAUCUUAGUGAUAAAAAAUUCAAAAAAAGAUUGCUUUUAAUGGGUUAUACAACAUUUUUCUUGGAAAUGCAGAGAUGGAUUCUAUUUAAUAUUUAAGCCGAUAUUACAGCAAGUAUGAUGUUCUGUGUUUAAGGCUAGUAAAACUUAGAAAAAAGGUGCUAAAACAAUAUACAAUAUUCAGAUGAUUCUUUAAGAUAUAUAUUAAUAGUAAUUAACAUAGUACUAGGUGUUUUUCUAUCAGUAAUAAAUAGUAUAAUUCAUUCUAUAGCACAAUUUAUCCCUAUUAAUGGGCUAAGAAGUCAGUUUACUAAUUUAAAGCUAUUUGAUUAUUCAUUCAUUUUAAUUAUUCAUAUACUGAGUUACUUGGAUAGUUAGCUUUCUCUCUUUGCUUUUGAGAUACUUGCUGUGUUUUACUUCAUUUAAUACUUCUUUUCCUAUCCUCUUUACACUAAAAACAUCUCUUAUGUAUAUGCAGUCUCCCUUAACUUUUUCUUUGCAGCCACAAUCCUCUUUCAUAUCAGAUACUAUAAAAAUUUAAGUGAUUCCAACUUCCUUUACUUAUUUUUGGUUUUAGGAAGUUUUAUGGCAGGAGUUUUAGCUUAGUGGGAGAGAAUGUAGUUGUUUAAAACAAGAAUGUUUGAUUUUUCUAUUUUUAGAGAAAAACCAUAAGAGACAGUUAAUGCUUUGUAAGAGGUAGUACACUUACUAAUGGAGAAAACUUAUUAAAAUUAAAUGACUUUAUUGGGGAUUUUCGAAGUUCACUAAAGAGAAUGCGUAGAUAACUUUUGUCCUUGUUAAUAUUAAAUGAUAUUAAAUGAAGAUUUUGAUGUGCACAAGCAAGUUAACAAUGGUAGUCUUGUGCCGAUUAAUGGAUUUGGAAAGAAAUCUGAUUUAGAGUAAUUCAAAACUACAAGAAAAAAUAUUUAUAGAGAUUAAGAAGAUAUAGAAGAAUAUGAUAAUAUUCAAAGAAUUAAAAACAUGUCUCCAACUGAUGGCAAGAGUCUGCGCUAAACCUUAAGAAAAUCUAUUAUGACAGCCACUCCAAAGCAAGCACAAUUUUCAAAAGGAACCAAAACCCAAUUAUUCACUGAAAUGGUAAACUUUUAGAAUAAUGAGCUCAAAAAUAAAUAGCAAAGUUCUACUACAAAGUCUUCAAAAACGUCUACCACAAACUAAUCCAAUACAAAAAGUAGGAGAAAGUCAGCAGUAAAGCAAAGAACAAUUAAAGGUAGCUAUAAAUUGGCAAAAAUAAACUUUUCAGUGCUUUAAUAGGACUUUUUAAGCUUUAAGAAAUGGACGCUAACAUUCGUUGACUACCAAUACGAGUAGCUCCUCAGAUAUCUUUAUACUUCUAGAAACUAUUAACUUUUAAUAGGCCUAGGCAUACGAUACAUUUAUUUUGAAAUAGAAAUCAAAGCAAAUUUUAUUAAAGCUCUUUAUUUUGUAAGAAAAUGGGCUUUCCAUAUUGAUUAAAAACCUUACUACUUUAGAGUAGUUGAAAAAUCGUUAUCGGAUUUGAUUGAAAAUGAAAUCAAAAAUAAAGAUAAAGCUUUAAAAUACUCUAUAAGGAAGAAAGAUAAUUUAGAAGCUAAAGCUUAUGAAAAUUUUGAAUCUUAUGUAGUGAUAGAGGAGAUAAAAAAAUUUUUUAAUUAAAGAUUACAGGAGAUGAUUAAGUUGAAACAAUUUUACUUUGAGAAACUCAUUUAAGGGUUUUCUUCUUUAAAUGACCUUUAUGCAGAAUAGAAAAAUAUAAUUAAAAAAGGCAUGGUUUUCAAAAGUAAAGUAGAAGCAUUUUAUUCAUAUCACCAAAAUUCUCCACAUUUAAGCAAAUUGCUCACUAUAUUUUAUGCAGUGCUUUUUCAAGAUUUAAAGAAAGCUUUGUUUUUAGAAGAUAAGUUAAAAGAUUCUCUAAAAAAAGUGGAUUAUUACAGUUCUUGGUACACAAUAUCUGGAUUAGAAAUUUUAUAAGGCAACGUUGCAACAGUUAUUGCACAUUUUAGAACUAAAGUUGGUAAAAUACUCAAAUAUUCAGCUAGUGCUCCUAUGUUUUUCGGGUAUAAAAAAUUAGAGUUCGACUCUCUUUAAAGUGUGAAUGAUGUUAUGCCUUAGAUAAUAGGAGAAAAGCAUGAUCUUUUCUUAGAAAGGUUUAUUGAUUAAGGUUAGUCAAAAAUUCUAAGAUAAUACAGAUAAACUCUUGCUAAAAAUAAGAAAGGAUUUAUCUUUCCAAUUAAAUUAUACAUUAAUUAUUUUUUUGAGCUGCAUAAUGACUUUAUCUUUAGUUCUCUAAUUGUUAGAAAGCAAUCUAAUUCACAGUAUUUGUUUAUCAAUCAGCAUGGAUUCAUUGAUAGCUUUUCCUAAAAUUUUUAUGAAUUUUGUCAGAUUAUAUGUCCUUAAGUCACAGUACAAUAACUCAUACACUCUAAUAUUUACCUCUUCAUUGAAGACUUAGACACUCAUUUAAGAGAAUGCUAACAGAAGAGCAAAAUCAGCAAUUUAAAAUGCGUCCUAAAACUGAAUUCUCGCAUGAAUGAAAUGAUCAUCAAAUUUAAGAAUUAUUGGAGAAAAGAUAAACACUAUAAUAGACUAAUGUAUCAUAUAAUAAGAGUUCAAGAAGAAUACGAAGAUGAAUUUGAAGAAGAAGAAAAUGAAGAUAUUUAUCAGUUUGAUAUAAAGGCAAAUUUAAUAUUAAAUUAAUUCUCUUUGAUCAGUGGUGAAUAGUUGAUUUUAUACAUUCUUGAAAUUAUUAGCAUCAUACCAAUUAAGAGUGAUAAUGGAUCGAUGUAGAAAAGCAACACUUAGUUUUCUUGUUAUUCAUAAAAAAUGUAGAAUUAGGUUACUUCAAAUGCUUUUAUUCCUUCAAUGACUGCUUUAAUAAAUAAUAAACCUUCUUCAGAUCAGUGCAAAAGUGAAAAAGAAGCUUCUAAAUAAAUAAAUUUCUAAGAAGAUAAAAAGCAAGCACAACAAGAUACUCAUUCAACUAAAAUAACAUCAAACCCAAUUAACUCUCAUGAUAGAUUAGACUAUGAAGAACUCAUAAACAUUCAAUCAAAGAAUUAUAUAAACUCGCAAAAAUCAUUGAAAUCUCUUGAUGAAAAUAAUAAACAUAUUAUUUCAUAAUUAGAUGAAAUGGAUCAAGACCUUAUUUUUAUGAAUGACAGCUUUUAGCAUAAAACAAAUGUUGUUCCAAAACUCAACGAUAACAAUAAUUUAAGAUUUAUUUCAAGAGUGAACGAUUCAUAUAAGAUAGUUGAAAAUGAUUGGUUAGGUGGAGGAUAAAAUUAAAAAAAUAACAACAUUGAAUAAAAAUUAGGAUAUAUUCCAAUUACAAUAUCAUAAAAGAAUAUUUAAAGCAUUAACAGUCAACAUACUUAAAAUAAUUUAACAACACAUGGAGAUUUAGAGUAAAUUAAUUUAACUCAUAUGGUUUCUCCAAGAGGAAGUUUAAUUGAUCACUCUUUAGCUUAAAUUAAUAACUAACAAGAAAAAAUAUUUCACGCUUUAUCAAACAAUAACUUAUCAAUAAACGAUAGUCAUAUUAUGGAAAUAGAAAAUAUAAACUGCAAGAGUUUAUCUCAGUUAAAUGACUACAAUAAUUAGAGAGCACUUGAGUUUAACUAAUCUCGCAUUAUAAAUCUAAAUAAAGUACCAGUUGAAAUGUCUUCUUCAGACAGCAAUUCCAAUAUUGAUCAAAUAGACGAAGUCGCCAACUCUGAAAGUUCAAGCUCUAAAAACAAAAAAAUAGCAAAUAAAAACUAUAAUAUCCAAUUUAAUAAUUAAAGCUAUUGGAAAAGCAAAUCAUCUAAAUAAAUUGAUAUUUUUCAAAUUGAAAAUUAACAAACUUUUAUUCAGAAAGAAGAAAAAAAUUCCUAAUUCACUAAAGGAACAAUCAUCACAAAUAAGGACAGCAAAGUUUCUAAAAGAUCAAGCAAAAAAGAGAUUAUUAUGAAAAUUUAACAAAUGACUGAAAAAAAUAACGCAAUAAACAUAGAAUGCACUCUUUCUGAUGAAAAUGAUGAAGAAGAUGAAGAAGCUAUCAAUUAUUUAAUGAAAAAUGGUAAAAAAAAUAAUAACGAAUAAGAUGAAAAUUUCAGCAUAAGAAGUGAAGGUAAAAAAGAAGAAACCGAAACUGUCUCAGAAAAAUCUAGUCACCUUUCUGAAGUUGCAAAAAAAAUUGAAAAUAUUCGCAGAAUAGUUUACACAAAUAAAAAGCCUAAAUUUAUAGCACUAGUUAAAGUCAUCUUCUUAUUCAUUAUCUGUCUUCAUAUUUUCGCAACAAUCGGCUCUUAAAUUUUCUCCAACAACUAUGUGAAAAAAAUUAUAGACGAUUCUACUCUUUAUGAAAUACAAGAAUCUACUUCCUUAUCCUUUUCUUAGUCUAUUUCGUCAGUAUUUGGUCUUCAAAACGAUCCAAAUAAUUAGAGCUUCUACUAAUUCAACUUGAAUUUAAGCUAUUCUAAAUUAUAAUCAAUCAUUAACUAAUUAUUGAAUAACUAUAUUGAUGAAUAUGAGAGUUUGAAUGUGAUCAUAAACUCUUAAUAUGGUCUAUAGAACUCUAUUUCUAAUAAAUUGGAGAACUUUCUUUCUGAUAUAUUUUAGGCAACAUCUCAAAAUAAUUUUGUUGGUAUACAAACUUCUGCUAAUAGCAUUUUUUAAAUUAGUUAGAUUAUGGAAAGUCUAAGCCAAAAAAUUUAAGAAUCAAUUGAUAGCACAUUUUAGAUGAUUAAAAAAAUGAAUUUAAUAAUAAUGAUAUUGGUGGUGGUUCUCAUAUUUUUGUCAAUUUUGAUUUUGAUAAAAAUAAAUUUAAGAUUUAGAGACAUUGUGAAGUAAUAUCUUUACAUCAGCACAAGAAUAAGUUAAAACGAAGCAGAAUAAGAAUAUAUUAAGCUUUCAAAUAUAAUUAAUUUUCUAGAGUAAAAUGAAGAUUAAUAUGUUAAAUUUAAUCUUCAGCAUUCCCAUAUUUUUAAUUCAAAGCAAAUAACUAAUAUUAGACCUUUGACAUUUUAAAAACAAGAAAAACAUAAACACACUUAAGUACUUUACAAUAGCAUUAAUAACUAGAACUUAGUUUUUAUCAAAAUGAUUUUUUUUACAAUUUUAGCCGCCUCAAUGAGUGUUACUCUUCAAGCAGUGAUAUUUAUAGUAACAAAGAACCAGCUUAAUAGUCUUGUAGAGCCUUUAGACUAAUACAAAGAAUACUCGCAAAAAAUAUCAUAGCUAACUUGUCUAAAUACAGCUCAUCAACUAAUAAGUUAUUAACCUGAGUUAGAUCCUUUAAAGCUUUCUAAUCAGUUUGUUAACAAUAAUAUUAAAUAGAUUAGUUCUUAUUAUCUAGAAAAUUUUCAGAUUAUACCUAUAAAAGGAUAACAAUAUUAUUAUUCAGAUUAAAUUUAAUAACUUAACUAAGCAAACAGCUGUUUAAUCCUUGAUUCUUCUCCUCAAUUAUAUAAAGAAUGUAAUACUAUAAAUCAGGGAAUAUUUAUUGAAGGUUUGUUAAGAGUUUUAAGGAAGGUGUUUUAAUUUUACUCAGAUACUCCUGCCCAAAACGACCCAGCUACGUUUGAAUAUAUUAGGAUCAGUAUGCUUUUAUUAGAUAUUCUUGAUUUGUCAUAGAAAUAUUUCUAGAAAUCAAUUGAACUUAUUGAAUCUGAUGAAAAGAUCUAAAAGUUUAUCUUAAUAAUAAUUGGAAAUAUCUUUAUUAUUAUUGUUUACAUGAUACUUUCUAUUUAUUUAAUCAGAAAAAUGAAUUAAAAUAUAGAACUAGUAAAGUAUUCUAUAAGCUUUAUUCCUAAUAAAAGACUUAUUGAAGAUAACUCAACCAUUCAACUAAUUAAGGCAAUUCAGAAUUGA